GUGCCCUCCUGCCAAACCUUCACUCACUGCUGCAGUCUCUCAUACAAACACACUGGAAUUUUAAUUCACACAGAUGGAAAGAAAGGAGUAAAGAACGGGAUUAUAAUAGUUCUUCACACAGAGACAAGGUGCAGCAUGAUUUCUGAGUGAUAUGAGUGGACUCAUUAUGGAUCUCAGCAACGAAGUGGAUUUUACCAAUAACAACAUAACACCUCUCUGGAAAAGGCGAAGCGACAAUGACAAGAAGUCCAAACCCAGACCUCUCAGUUACCAGAUCGACGGUGUCCUCACGACAGACUUUCCUGUGGAUGACAGAUGCGACUUCACCCUCACCCAACCUGAUGAAAAGAUCAGCAUCACUUCAUCAAACACAGCAGUGCUCAAACACACUCUGAACAAACCUACUAAAAAGACUAGGGUGGUCCGGAGCAUCAGCAUUGGCUAUUCUAACGGACGCUUCUCGCUGUCGAAGUUUACCAAGUCAGAUGACUCAGAUCCUACUAGCCCCCCUAAAACGCCAACUUCGGCCACCAAGAACGGGAAUGGCCUUAGUGUGUGGCACGAUAAGAAUAUAAGGGGGCCCCUCAAGCGUCUUUCCAAUCAGUUCACACUCAUCUCUCAAAAGGAUCAGAUUAUUUUCGGGGAUACGCCUUUGCCAUCACUUUCACCAAAAAGUGUAUCACCCCAGAACUCUCCAUGUCAGCUUUCGCUUCAAUCCCAGGAUGUCUGUGGGUCGCCUAUCAGCCCCUCCAGCUCCCCGUCCCACAGUUCCACGUCCAGCAUCCCUUCCCUCUCCUCCAGCCUCAGCAUCCCCUCAGAUCCCCCUACACCCCGGACCCCAUCUCCCUCUGAGAGGUCGGAGGGAGUCCUCUUGCAGCGGCAGAGUUCAGGGUCAUCACAGGGCUCCGAGGUCAAGCACCCCUCCUCCCCAGUCAUACUGAGCACCCACAGUCCCACGGCACAAAAGAUGGGCACCCAGCAGAUCAUCCCCAGGGCUUUGGCUUCUGACACACACUUUAGCAAGCCGUCUCAGAACCGCCAAGAGCGCAUUGGACUGCUAGGGGUUCUGGACACUGGUAAACGUGGUUUUCGACCCCGAAGCAUGAUUGAGACAGGGUCUUCUUUUUCCACCAGCAAGGACGAUGAGCUGGAGGGAGAGGAGAACCCAGGGUCACUUACAAGAGGCCUGCGUUCCAAAUCAUAUCGCCGGGCAGUGGUCAGCGGGGUAGAUAUGGAUGUGCCGUCUUCAGACCCUAAAGCCAAUCGGCUGUCCCAGCCUGCACUUAAAGGAGUUUCAGAAGACAAGGAGAUACCGGCUAGCCCGAGUCCGACCAAGAGCAAGAAUGCAGAAAGGAAGAAAGGCCUGACGAGCCAGCGGACUUUUGACAGUGAGGAGGAAGGAGUUUUGUACCAAAACUACCAAGAAAAAGCCCUGCACAAUGAUUCUGAUGAGGAUGCAGAGUCCAAAGAACCCAAGCCAGACAAGGGUAUUGUGGUCCAGUUCAAACCCAUCCGGACCUCCUGGAGUCAACUCAGCGUGGUUAAAAAAAGUGGAAUAUGUGAGACGUUAAGUCAAGAAGAUAGAAAGAGACAAGAGGCCAUAUUUGAGGUCAUCUCAUCAGAGCACAGUUACUUUCACAGUCUGGAGAUCCUCAUCCGUCUCCUCAAGAACUCAAAUGAGCUUAGCGAGACCAUUAACAAAACAGACCAUCACCAUCUCUUCUCCAACAUUGCAGACGUCUGCGAGGCCAGCAAAAAGUUCUUCAAGGAACUUGAGGAUCGGCACCAGCAGAAUAUUUUAAUCGAUGACAUAAGCGACAUUGUGAUAAGACAUGCCGAAACAAACUUUGAGCCCUACGUGACAUACUGCUCCAAUGAAGUGUACCAGCAGAGAACAUUACAGAAACUUUUAAAUAAAAGUCCAUCCUUUAAGGAGUUGCUGACACGGAUCGAGGCCCACACAGACUGCCGGAACCUUCCCAUGAUCUCCUUCCUCAUCCUUCCCAUGCAGAGAGUCACCCGCCUCCCUCUGCUGAUGGACACCAUAUGCCAGAAGACACCCAAAGAGUCGCCGCAUUACGAGGCCUGUAAGAAAGCCCUGCAUGUUGUCAGCAAGCUUGUGAGGAAAUGUAAUGAGGGCGCUCGUACCAUGGAGAGAACCGAAAUGAUGUACACCAUCAAUUCCCAGCUGGAGUUUAAAAUUAAGCCGUUCCCACUGGUGUCGUCCUCCCGCUGGAUGGUGAAGCGCAGUGAGCUAACAGCCUUCGUAGAGGAAAAUGGGAUCUUUUCCAAGAGGAUGUCUCGCCAGCAGGUCUAUUUCUUCCUCUUCAACGAUGUCCUCAUUGUCACAAAGAAGAAAAGUGAGGAGAGUUAUACAGUUAUAGACUACGCACUAAGGGAUCAAAUCAGGGUGGAGUCAUGUCAUCCAGAAGAACUGAAUCUUUCUCCUGUACGUGCCACGACGGGAAUGUUAACGUCACGACAGAAUGUGGCCAGUCACCUGUUUAAAAUACGAUUCCGCAGCAACCACUCCGGAGACGACGUGAGCAUGAUCUUGGGGGCGGAGCUACUUAAUGAGAGGGCCAGGUGGAUCAGUGCCCUGGGACAGACCAACAGUGACACUAAGAAUGCAGACAGAACAAGGACUAUGAUGUCAUCAAGUGUGAUGUCAUCCUCUCUGUUAGAUGCCAAGCAGGUGGAGGUGACAAGGACAUACACAGCGAGGCAGCCGGACGAGCUCUCUCUGCAGGUGGCUGAUGUUGUGCUGGUCUCCCAGACAGUUGACGGAUGGUAUGAAGGGGAGCGUCUGCGGGAUGGCGAGAGGGGCUGGUUUCUUUCCGAGUGUGCCGAGCACAUCACCUGCCAGGCGACCAUUGAGAAGAACAUGCAGAGGAUGGACCGUCUGCAGGGCCUCGAGACCAAUGUCUGAGUCUGUUUUACCUCCUAACCCUUCACAAUGCUUAUGAAGACGACUGUGGAUGGAGUCUAAACACUACAGAACCAAAAACACUAUAGUCGCUUAACACAAUAAUCACCAUAUGAAAUGAUGCUUUUAUAUAAAUCUGGUGAUUAUUGACUGAGCUCAGAACUCAUUUGAAAUACGACGGAUAUAAAAAAGGAUAAUUUUCUCUGCAAUAAUGUGCCAUUUUUUUAAUAAUCCAAAGUGACACGAAUUCAUUUUAAUAUUUUAAUUCAGAGCACUCGUGCAUGAUAUGUGAACGUAACUUGUAUAGUUUAAAGUGAAGUUUUUUAGGCAAACAAAAAUGUUAAGAAUGUUCACACUUUGUAUUGACACUCAGGGAACGUAAAGAGAUGUUACGGCGUUGUAAAUCAUACCAAAUGUAAAUAUGUAUCUGCUUACC